GUUACGUGACGCACGACUUCCAGCUGAAUUGUUCAGCAGCCGCAACAUCGAUCACAAUCGUCUUAAGUUUACCCAAAGUGAAGUUGUUUAAUAUUCUAAAAAAAAUAACAAUUGGACAAUGAAUGAUGAUAAUGGCAAAUCAUGCUUUGAAGCUAAUGCCGAGCUGGGCGCAACUUCAAAUGUCUCUAAUGACUGUUCCGACGGAGCCGUUUGGUCUCUUAAUAAAUUUCGAAAGAAAAAGGUAAUCGUAGCCGAAAUGGUUACUCAUCGCUAUGCCGAGGAGUAUAAAAUGUGUCAUAAGCACCGUGGCCUGGCGCUGAUCUUUAGCCAUGAGCUAUUCAAUAAGAGAGGAUUGGCAUCAAAGCCCGAAACGAGUGUGGACACCAAAAAUCUCGAACGUGUGCUCAAGCACUUGGAUUUUCAUGUAACGAUUCAUAAAGAUUUGCACUACAAGGAAGUUAUGAAAGUGAUAGCCAGUGCUGUUGCACAAAACCAUAGAGAACACGAUUGCAUCCUGGUGGCUCUACUAACGCAUGGCGACAAUGGCGUGGUCUAUGCCAAGGACAAGUUAUACGAGCUGGACGCAAUCUGGGAAGCGUUUAGUGCGGACAAAUGUCCCUCGCUGGCGGGCAAGCCAAAGAUAUUUAUCAUUCAGGCCUGCCGGGGCAAGCGCAGGGAUCCCGGCCAUAUCCGACAGUCUGUGAGACACACCGAAACGGACAGUGAUUCCAGUUGCAACUAUAAGAUUCCCAAAUAUGCCGAUUUCCUGAUUGCGUUCUGCACAGUGCCUCAAUAUUGUUCCUGGAGUAAUUCAGUGCAGGGCAGCUGGUUUAUACACAGUCUCUGCGACGAACUGGAGGCCCAUGGCAGGCGUCUGGACAUGCUCAACCUGCUCACAUUCGUUGCCCAGCGCGUGGCCAACUGCGAGUCCUCUGACGAGCAGCAUAAACAAAUCACCUGCACCAUGUCUACUCUAACGCGAAUUUUGCGAUUUGGGGACAGCCUAAGGGAUCGACUUUAAAUAAAUACAAGAAGAUACUUGUCUACAAGUGCUGUUACUCAAAAA